CACAACCACAACCCUUGUGGACUGUUCUGCAGUUUUUUCAUGUUUCUCACACACCCUAUCAAUCAAGUAUCAACUUCUGCAAUAACACCAAAUUCAAAUCCAGUCCAUAAGUAAAUUGAAGAAAUGGGAGGCUGCAAAGUCUGUAUAAAGAAAAACAGAACAGAUUGGCUUAAUACCCUUUUGCUUAGCAAAUUCUUCGGUUCCUGUGGUGUUCAUCAUGACCUUCGCAAAAAUGAGAAGAAUGUCUUCUGCAUAGAUUGCAAUAUCCGCCUCUGUAGGCACUGUAUGACGGCUCAUUGCCUCCACACAAAGCUUCAGAUCUGCAAAUACGUCUACCAUGAUGUGGUUCGCCUUCAAGAAAUUCAGAAGCAUCUUGACUGUUCUAAAAUUCAGACAUAUAAAAUCAACGGCGAGAAAGCUGUGCAUCUAAAUCCUCGCCCUCUAGCCAAAGAUGCCAAGCCAUCAACAAAAGCAAAGUUUGGUGCUUCCUGUGAAGCUUGUGGGAGAUAUCUGCAGGACAUGCCAAAUCGUUACUGCUCCAUUGCCUGCAAGGCAUCUAUAGUCCCAGUGAAGCCUGAAGACCAAAGUCACAAGUUCAUCGCGGUUACUAUACCACAAUAUGGUGAUUUUUCAUUAAAAGGUAAGUGCAAUUCCGAAACAAACAUGAGCGAAAUGGAAUCAUCGAUCUCGUUGGCUGAGUCAUCUGAGGAGAUGACUGCUUGGGUAUGUUCAGCAUUGAAGCCAAGAAAGCUUUUGCAUAAGAGGAAAGGCAUCCCUCACAGAGCUCCUCUCUGUUGAGAUGGGUAGACAAGAUGAGUGAUAUUUUUGCUUCCUUUCCCCUGUCAUAAAAGUUUUGGUUUAUAUCUAAGUAUUAAAACCAUAAAACCACAGCUAGUAUUAUAUCUAGAUUGAAGAAAAUCCGUCUCAUAUCUCUGAUUGGGAUUUAGUUUGUACAGCAUAAGAGAGGUGGUAAUGCUGCAGAGCAUAUGGUUGAUAAUUGAGGGGUUUGUUGGGAUUUA